CUAACAGCUACAAGUAUCUUACCUCGGAAGGCAAGCCUCAGAGUUCAGCAGUACACCCUGCUUACUAAAUGUCUUGCACAAAUAAGGAUAUCGGAUGCUUUUCUUGGAUUUAAGGGUUAUUGUUAUAGUGCAUCGCAUUCAAGGUUGUUAUUACAAAGCGCAUAUUUCAAUGUGUCUUUCAAUGAGUAUGGGUUUGUGUGUUGUCGCUUCGAUGUUUGUUUUGUUUAUUUUGGCCUCAAAUGGGCUCAAUAGUUAUGAUUUAAAAUUCAUUGAUGAACCAAGUGACGUUUAUGGCUUAGAGAAUCAGCAGAUCACUCUCGGCUGUUCGGCUGUGGGUUCUCCAAAUAUCAGCAUAACCUGGCAUAAACAGGACAACACAUCUUUUUCACAAGGUCGUUCAAAAGUGAUUGGAAAUACUGUUCAUUCUUCACAUAGCUUCCAGCUGACUAAUGACAAUGAAGGGGAAUAUUAUUGUAAUGCAUCAGAUACCUUUCGCUGGAUACUAUCUAAACAAGCAAAUGUUAGAGUUUCAUUUCUGAAUGAAAAAUUUAAUAUGGAACCCCAAAGCAAAACAUCCAACGUUGGAGAUACAGUCCUCCUGGAGUGUGCCCCUCCUUAUGGUCUUCCUAAUCCAACUGUUGAGUGGUUGAAGGAUAAUUCAACCUUAUUACCUGACAAUCGCCUGCAGCUUUUGGAUGGAGGAAGUUUACGAAUCGACAGAAUAACCUGGCAAGAUGCUGGAUACUAUACUUGUGUAGCUAAGUCGUUUGCUCAUCGCCGAGAAAGUGCGAAGGCCUACCUCACUGUUCGUCAACGUCCAUUUUUCAUUAUUUCUCCCAAAAGUCAGUCAGUACCCGUACAUAGUGUCUUCGAACUGAGUUGUCGUGCUGCCGGUGAGCCGCCCCCUGUUGUAAUAUGGCGUAGAGAACCUUCAUUACCGAGUAUUCCGUAUUCACGAGUCAGGUUACUCCUGGGUGGAACUCUACGUUUCAUUGGUGUUCAGACAAACGAUUCCGGAUAUUAUGUUUGUCGUGCAGUUAGUUCAACCGGUGUUGUUGAAGCAGUUGCAUAUAUAAACGUUGUUUCACCUCCAGGUUUGGUUGUAACACCUCCGAGCAAACUAUAUACAUACGAAGGAAAUCGCGUUGAACUUUUUUGUAGUGUGGUAGGCUCACCGUUACCUGAUGUUCGUUGGUUACAGUGGUCAACUAAGAAGUAUUUCAUUCCAUCCGUAGGUGAAUCAGAACGUAUACAUGUCACUGGUUCUGGAAGUCUCAUUAUACUUGCAGCUAGACCAGAAGACACCUCCACCUAUGAAUGCCGAGCUUCAUCUCCUGUUGGCUUAACUAGAAGCCUAACUGAUGUUCAGGUGCAGUUUAAUCCAAAGCUGAUUCCAGGUCGCGUGGGUGCUGUAUCAAAUUCGUACAUUUUCGGUGAGUUAUUCAGCAAGCCAACGCCAGUGAGGAUUGUUUGUGGAGUUCCACUGGAUCCUGUUUUCAUUUCUUUACAUGGGGCGCAGUCUAUUAGUAAAAGCAGUGAAAUAAAUAUGAGGCCACACUUAAUAUGGCAACAUAAUGGCGAGUUAGUUCCUAUAUCUAGAUCGUCAAACUCUCGAGUCUCCAUAGAGACUGAUGGAUCUCUGCUCUUAUACCCAUUUAAACCGGAUGAUAUUGGGAAUUACACUUGUUCAGUGUACAGCAAAGUAAGUCACAGGUUUGCGCAGUACACGUUUGUUUUGGGAUUAAGGGAAUCUAAUGGUUCUAAUUAUCAGCCGCGUACAAUAAAACAAUUGCCAUCUCCACCAACAGAUGUAAAAAUUUUGAGUGUCAGUGACACAUGGAUGGUAUUAAAAUGGUCUGACAAUAACUCAUCUGAAUCAUCGAGUUAUAGGGUGUACAUAUUACCACAAAUCCAUUCAUCAUCGACGGUCGCAGUCCAAGGUCUUGAGAGGCUUGAAGAUAAUCAAGUUAUUGAAGAGCGCAUAACUCCAAGCAAGGGUGAGUCACCAAACAGAAAAGCUUUUAAGUUGGAUAAUUGGCUGGUUGCAGUAGAAAAAACCUAUCUCACGCAAAUUCGUAUUACAGGAUUGUUGCCUGAUACUGGCUAUUGGGUUGAAGUUAGGAAAGUUAAUGACUUUGGUAUGAGUGCUGGAAAUUUGUUACCCAAUCUAGUGUAUACAAUGAGAAAACCAUCAGAGGUUAAGUUUGUGUUUCCCUCAAAGACAAACGAAACAAUUUCUGACAUUUCAUUAAAACAUCCGGACACAUUGUUUUCUGGUAGCCAAACAGCGGUUGAUUUUCAAGAACUUGUGUCAACAUUUCAAUCUAUUGACUUGCAUCGCAUAUCUGUUAGAACUCUCUCAUCAUCUGAGCUUCUAGUUAGUUGGACUGCAAGAGCUUCUAAUGAAGUGCUCAAGCGCAUUGAUGGUUUCAGAUUAAACGUCAGAUCUGUUCCGAUGUCGCGCUGCAUAGCUGCUGUUACAUCGCAGCCACCAAGCUAUUCUUCCGUACAUCGGAGUGUUGAAGAGCACGGAUCUCUAGAUGUUUAUGAUAGUGAUAAUAAUGACUUCUCACUUACCAGCUCCAUUCACUGUAGUUUCACAUCUUCUAAGCUCCUGGAACAAACAGUUUUAAUGGCCAAUACCAAUUCACUGCAUGCAAACAACAAGGAUAUGUUGUCCCUGCGGGAGACGGAACCGGACACCCAAAGCAUUAUUAUUAGUCAAAGUGUGUCUCGAGAUUACCCUAAUGCGAAAGCUGUUGUCGGUAACCUGUCUCCGUUCAGCUGCUACGAAAUUGAUAUUGAGGCCUUCAAAGAUGACUCAACAUAUGGCCGAAUUUUGAGCAGAUCUAGCCGCUCCGAGUUAGCCUUGACUCUCGAUGCUCCACCUAGCUUCUCACCACAACUAAUAAGCGCUGAAUGGAUCUUUCAAGUUAAUCCUCCCAGUGAUGAUUAUAUGUCGCAAGGUCGAAGUACCAACUAUUCUCAUUCGCCUGAUGGUAUUCGUCUUUCAUGGAGGCCUCUUGAAUUGAGAGUGGCAAACGGUGCAAUUUUGGGAUAUACAUUGCACAUUUUGGCAAAUGAAAGUCAAUUCAGUCGUUCAUUACAUGUAUCUGCAGAUGUCCACUCCAAAAGUAUUCAAGGUUUAAAUCCAUUUGUUGAUUAUGUUAUCUACAUAUCCGGAGUAAACUGCAGAGGUGAAGGAGUGCGUGGACCUGGAUACCAUCUCAGAUCAGUUGUUACGGGGUUGCAAAGUCCUACUACUAAGUCUUCUGAUUAUGAAAUAAAUAUUUUGGAACACUUCACUUUCCCCUUAUGGGCGUAUAUUUUACUUUUCGGCUUUAUUAUCUUCUGGAUUAUAUUUGGCUUGCUGAUCCACUUCGUUGUUCGUCAGACAUCAAGGAAACAAUGUUUUAAAUCUCCAAAUCAUUAUUUCACAACCACUUCUCAUAUAGAUAUACAACAUGGCAAAUCUGUUCAAAGUGAUGCAUUACGUGAGCUUAAAUUUGGACUUUGUUGUACAUCUUCGACUAUUCGCAAAAACAAAUCAGAAAAUAUUCGUUCUAAUGUUGAAAAGACUAUGGGUGUCGUGUUAAUGAGUAAUAGACCGCAAGAUCCUGAAACAGGACAUUUACUUCAUCGCUUAGACUCAUCUCAGUCAAAAAUGUAUAAUGACAAACUUGCUUCUGAAAGUAGAUCAGUGCAAAUACGUACAGCUUCUGGUAAAAAUGAACACACUUCUGAAUGUGGACAUACUCUUUCACAACCGUUUGAAUGUAACAGUCGUACCUUGACAUGUAAUGGAGAUGUUGAAGUGUACUCCAGUAAUGAACCCUAUAUCAGUGCCAAUAUGAAUCAUUUACCUUCAGCGGUCAUGAAGGUGACGACAACUGCAUCUAGUAGCAGUAAUGCAACUGUUCCAAGUCAUAAUAGUCUAAUGGAAGAAAAUCUAUCAGAUGAAACUCACUCUGGUGGCAGACCAAAACUACCGGAUUCAAUAAACAUACCUUUCCCUGUUCCUCCGAAUUGUCAAUCAAAUUUAGCCUAUCAGUCCAAUUUGUUAAGUCUAUCGAAUUCAUCCAAUUUACUGAUAUCUCCGGAGGUUUAUUCAGGAAAUCAAUUAGAUGAAUCCGAAGAUCAAAGAAACUUCACUUCUGGAGACACUGUGCCUGCAUAUGCAAGUUGCUCAGUAUUUAGUGUUCGAAAGACGGAAGCAGAUGAGCAUAGAAAGCCAUCAGGAAUUGUGCUAAUGCGUGACAGUGGUAACUUACGUAUGGAAAUGGAAGAAAAUAGUCAGCCUGGUUUUAGCUCAAAUUCAUUCAGUCUAGGCGAUCACUUAAAUCCACUGGAAUCUCAAGAAUCUAUGAAUGCAAAUCAGCUGACAGUAUCCAACUGUAAUUGGCAAUUUAUUCCGCACACUUUAAAUAGUCCAAUAAUAAUUCGUGAAGAAAAAAGAAGACAAAAUACUAUUCCUCCACCACCUGAAUAUCCGCCUCCACCGUUACCGUCGAAUUCAUCCAAGUUUACAGAUCUUCCUAAUUUAUGGAUUCCAAAUCCUACAACUGGAGAUGGUUUACAAAGGGGGGAAUUAAAAGAUCAUCAUCAGCAACAGCAGCAGCAUCAACUACGUUUUGUCUCAGAUGAUAGCAGUUUACCAAGUGGUGGAACCUAUCUAUCAAACUGUUACUCGCCUGCAUCAGCAGCAGCUUAUGCUGAAACUCAUUAUGUUUCAUGUACUAUAUCAAAUCCAAAUGUUGGUGGCUUUCGUGGAGUUGGAUCUUGUAUUGUCAAUAAUACGGCAAAUAACCUAUAUGAAUUAUCCCCGACGAAUCAUUCAAAGACAUAUCUCUUACCAAAUGAUCAAAAUGCAACAGAAUUUCGUGAAUCAACAACUUGUUGUAGUAGUGCCAACGGUGGAGUUCAUCGUCUCAGUCCGCUGGGUGGUAAUUCUUAUCCAAAUACCUCAUCAGUAAUUGCCAAUCCUGGACAAUUUCCGCCACAUAUUCGAGUUAAAAAUAGUCAACCAUUUAUUGAUGGUAGUAGCAAUAAGAUGAUUGCUGGAAGUAGCAGCAGUGGAUUAUCAGGUACAAGUGGUUUAGGCAGUACUGCAAUAGGAAGUGGAAGUGCUAACUUUCCUGGUUAUCCACGACCUGGUGACUCACAUGCAAUGUAGGUUUUGGUAACUCUAUGAUGGUUUAUCUUUAUCAUAUUGUAUUGUUUAUUAUCUUUUGUAAAGAAAAUAAGAAGUAGAGGUCAUUUUAUUAACUAAUAUAAUAUUUUCAAAUGUUUGUUUUGUAAGGAUUUUGUUUGAUUGAUUGGAGGAUUUCACCAUGAGCUGACAUUAGUCCCAGUGGUUUAAUGGUCUACUACCAGAAGGCCCUGAGUUUGAACCCUGGCGGUGGGUGCGUACUGAUGAAAAGGGUCCCAAACUAGGACGAAACUGCUGUUCAGUACUCCCUGCAGGUUUUUCAAUGGUUCUCUAACUGAUGUCAUUUCAUGAUGAAAUUCUUCAACUAAUAUAAUGUUUUAAAAAUCAUGGAUAUUACCAAUCAGGAUAUUAGACAAGGGAGAACGAGAAGCCCAGCAAAGAUGUCUUUCUGAUGACUUCAUCUUCAACAGUUGUUCAAUCGCAUUUAUAUGUACAUAUUUUGUUUUCUAUUCGUUUACUUUCCCAGUGGAACAUGCGACUUCAAGCUAGAACUCUGAAGUUUCGGUAGCAGUGGCAUUUAUUUUUAUGGGAUAGGGUUGCUAGCCUUAUACUCAAGCUUCCCUCUUUACCGGUCUUAUUGCCGGCUUAGUAAAGUAAAGAAGCGCGCCGGCCGGUGAUCGAACUCCGAACCACAUGCACGGUUGUUGAGCAUUCUACCGCUGUGGAAGUUUGAAUGUAUGAAUGUCGAUCACAAGGGAUAUGGGAAUGAAAUUACCUGUGGUUAGAAAGUAGUUGCUUAAUGUGUAAAUUAGUUUUUUAUUAAAGACAGGGGUGAAUAAGAUGAGCAUAGAAAUAAAUUGACAUAACUGGUUUCUUAUCAAUGAGGAUGAGAAAUGAAGAGAAUGAAAAAGAAACGAUAAUUAAGAUGUCAAACAGAACUAGGUACUUAAGAAAUAUAGACGUUAGACUAGUUUCUUGUGAAAACACCUCCGGAUUCUUGAUGAAUAUAUAUUGAGGGCUUCUGCAGUACCAAUUACUAUCUCCUUUGCUCUGUUGAAUUAAAUAAUAAUUACAGCUAUAUAAACUUAUGUAUAAAAAUGCGAUUGUACAGCUUUCGAAGAUGAAGUCUCUGAAAAGAUAUCUGCGUUGAACUUCUUGUUCUUUUCUCUCCAGUUCCCGUCACCUUCCAACGUAAGUAUUUCGUACUAUUUCACACUUCUUUCUUUGUAGAAUUUAAUAGGCAUAAAAGACUUUCACAAAUAAAAGGAAGAUAUUGAUUAGCUACGUUUCUCAAGAACCCCUAAUUGAAUAGCUAGCGCCUCGGUUAUGCCCAGAUGUCUUGAUUUCACUCCCUUUCACCACUGUUUUUUCUUGCCUUAUUUUUCUACCUCUUAGCUGUGGCUGUGACACGUAGACAUUUUGACCUAUUUUGAUAAAAUUGUGAUCAGAAUAUUCAAAGUGUGUUGCGCAAAUAAAUUACACGUUAACAAGAGGUGGCUCUCGUUGCCCAAGUGGUCUAGUGGGUAACAUUUUAGCGUUUGAAAUUAUAGGUACUGGGUUUGAGCCUCAGCAGGAACAGUAUCACUCACUGGGGAAUGCAAGUACCGCCAGCCGACAAGUCCCAAAUAGGACGAAAUGCACAUCCUUGAUAUCACAGCGAAUCAUCAUUCACCGAUAUACUGAACUUGUUGAAGUGUUGGCUAACAGUCCUUUUUUGGUCUUCUACUUUGAGUGUUAUUGUCGUAAAACUUUUCGUUUCUCAAUUUGUUUUCAGUGUGAUCUAGCCACAAUGGAUUCACCUCUGGUAGUGAUUCAUCCAAUUGUUCAAAUCUACAAAUGAAUAUGAUGCUUCAAAAUACUAAUAAUAAUAAUAUCAACAAUACUUCACCGUAUUCAUCUCCAUCAGAACAACACAUUAUUUCUUCUAAUUCAAAGCCAGUAUCUUUUUCAAAAAAUCCUUCCUCAUCAUCUUCUUCAUGUACUUCAAAGAAUGGAAUGAUGAUGAAAGAGUCAGAGCAUUUUUCAGGUCGCCUUAAUGACACUAAUAAUAAUAAUAAUAAUUCGGUGUCAAAAUCAUUUCAAUCCACCUUACCAGAACAUCAUAUGUCGUCUAAUAAUUCUAUGCAGUUGUCAUCAUUAUUCAGAUAUGAUGAACUGCUGCCGUCCUCGCCUCAACAGUCAUCCAAAAGUCCCUUAGUUGUCUGUAAUCAUUCAAUUCUCUCGGGUAGAGUAAAUUUUCAUGAUUACCCUGAUGAACAGUCAACCACACGACAGUCGUCUACAUCCAGCACAUCAACAUCACUCAUACAACGUAAUCAUCGUUUUACACAAUCCAGUAUUAAUAAUAAUAAUAGUAUGAAUCAUACAAAUGAAAUGGAUAAAUCUACAACAUCAGCAACUACAAGAUUAUCUAAUCGUAAUUCAAGAAAACCGCCAACCAGUAACGAUAGUGACAGACUCUAGAGCGAGAGAGAGAGAGACACUAUUUAAACACAAUGUCUUUUGUUUUUGCCUGUCUCGUCAAUUGUUUACUUAUUUUAAAAGAUUAUUGUUAUUGCAGAGAUUUAUGUUUUUUUUUAUAUAUACCUAUAUAUUAUUGGAUUGAUUAAUCAUCGCUUCAUAUUGCACUAUUCAUUGAUUUUUGUUGUUGCUAUUGUUGUUCUUGUGUGUGCAUAUAAAAUCUACUUUCAUCAAUUUCUAUGGUGUUUAAUUGCAUUUAGCUCUUACAGAUAUGUGUAUGGAUAGAAUAAAAAGAAUUGGAAUGUGGGCAAAAGUACUGACGAUCUCUCCAUAUCCAUAUAUGUAUAAUUACAUCUGGUUUGCUUUAUUUUUAAUUUUUUUUUUUUGAAUUAUUAGGUAUGUAUAAUUUUAUUCAAUUUCAGCUCGUUCAUAUUGUGUAGUUAACUUUUAAUCAUAUUCAUCCUAUUACCUUUUUUUAUUGUACACUAAUGGAAUCAUGCUGACUUAAUGCUUUAUUGAUAUUGUUACUUAGUUAUUAUUACUGGUAUUAGAAGUAUGAAUGCAGCCAAUAUCUACGUAUAUAUAUAUAUAUAUAUAUAUA